CCCUAAAGCUCUCUUGACCCUGUAAUUCUGCUCUUUUACUCGUGUGUAGGGGUUUCAUACUGGGGCCUCAGGACCCAGUCUUGUUCUCAUCUGUUCUGGGUGGCAGGGAUCACAGGUCCUUUCUAAUUGAAUUGCAUGAAUUAGUUAGUUAAUUUGUAAAUUUAUUGGAACUGUAUAUCUCCCUACUUAAGUAUUAAAACAUGAAGUGGAACCUAGUGUUCCUUGGGCUCCUCCUGACCUUCGGACAGCUGUCAUGGGGCCAGAAAGGCAUGGACAUCCCAGAGUACGAUGGAAAGGACCGCGUUCAUGACCUUAAUGCCAAAAAUUACAAGUCUGUGAUGAAGAAAUAUGAUGUGAUGGUGGUGUACUACCAUGAGCACGUAGGAUCCAGCAAAGUCGCCCAGAAACAGUUCCAGAUUGAGGAGCUAGCCCUUGAGCUUGCUGCUCAAGUCCUGGAGGACCUAGACGACGAGGACAUCGGAAUUGGCCUACUCGAUGAGAAGAAAGACCGUGCUGUUGCCAAGAAACUAGGUCUGGACGAGGCUGACAGUAUAUAUGUCUUCAUUGAGGAUGAGGUCAUUGAAUACGAUGGAGAGCUUGCUGCGGACACACUGGCGGAGUUCCUCUAUGAUGUCAUUGAGGAUCCAGUUGAGAUCAUUGAUAAUGUGCGUGAGUUGAGAGGUUUCCAUAAUAUUGAGGAGGAUAUCAAGCUGGUGGGCUUCUUCAAGAAUUCUAAAUCUGACCACUAUCAUGCUUUUGAGGAUGCUGCAGAGGAGUUCCAUCCACACAUCAAGUUCUUUGCCACAUUUAGUCCAAAGGUUGCUAAUAGUCUAGACUUAAAGUUGAAUGAGGUGGACUUCUAUGAGCCCUUCAUGGAUGAUCCCAUUCUCAUCCCUGGUAAACCCUACACUGAGGAAGAACUUGUUGAAUUCAUUGAGGACAAUGAAAGGCCAACACUGAGGAAAAUGCAGCCACACAACAUGUAUGAGAUCUGGGAGGAUGCUUUGGAUGGCGAGCAUAUAAUUGCUUUCGCUGAGGAGGAUGACCCAGAUGGCUUUGAAUUCCUUGAAAUUCUGAAGGAGGUGGCAGAGGAUAACACGGACAAUCCCGACCUGAGCAUCAUCUGGAUUGACCCAGAUGACUUCCCCCUGCUUGUCCAUUACUGGGAGAAGACCUUCGACAUUGACCUGUCCUCACCUCAGAUUGGCGUAGUGGAGGUUGAUGAUGCUGAGAGUGUCUGGUUAGAAAUGGAUGAUGAUGACAUGCCAACUGUAAAAGAGCUUGAGGAUUGGCUGGAGGAUGUGCUAGAGAACAAAAUUGACCCUGAUGACGACGAUGAUGACGAUGACGAUGAUGACGACGAUGAUGAUGACGAUGACGACGACGACGACGAUGAUGAUGACGACGACGACGACGACGAUGACGACGAUGAUGAUGACGAUGAUGACGAUGACGACGACGAUGAUGACGAUGAUGACGACGACGAUGAUGAUGAUGACGAUGAUGAUGACGAUGAUGAUGAUGAUGAUGAUGAUGACGACGAUGAUGACGACGAUGACGAUGAUGAUUAAACUCUUACCGUCUUACAUGUUACUAUGUAUUGUCUGGUCUAAAGUCUAUUUUCAAUUGCCUCUGUCUGAAUCAUCGUCAUUAUCAAAAUUCCUUUCCGACAACAAUUAAGUUUAAAAAUGUCAUUAUAAUUUAACUGUCAUCUUGUUACAGACAUCUGUAUUCACAAGGAAUGUGCUCCAACCUGGCAUCAUUCUCACACCCAUAACCCUCAUAUUAUACUCAAAGACGACACUCUCUGAGAACUUUAGAUCAAAUUUUCUCUUCUAAAUGUUGAAAAAUAUUAUCAUUACCAAUAGCAAUAGAUGUGUUUUGCUAUGAGUUCAUUUCCAUCAAAUUUUUUCUAUGGACAUACUGUAAAUGGCAGCACUAAUACAUCUGGAAAAGGGCCUGGCUUUCAAAAUAUGCAAUCAAAAAUAUGUAAGACUCUCAGAGGGAGCGCCAAGAUUAUUUUAAGUGUAACUCCAUCUGUUAAAUUUGUUUUUAUCAGACUGUUUAUUUGUAUGUGGAUGGAUUGUUUGUCCCACAGUGAUAGGACCUAAAUGUGCUAAGCAGGCCUUUCCUUAAGGUCAUUAGUCAUACCUUUGUUAAGAUGGGAUGUGACCUUAUGUGACUUUAGAUGGAAAAAGGAUUGCCCAACCUUCCAUUUGUGUCUAAAAAGUGCAGUAAAUCACAAACGUUUUCUACUGAAAAUAAAUACAAGUAUAUAUAUUUUUUUUAAUACAAAAGACAACUUGGUUUUACUCUUAAGUCUUAAAAUAAUAAAUAUGAUUGGAAUUAAGUGGUGUAAAUCACAGUUUUAUUUUAAAAUGCAUGACAAAAAUAAUUGUGAGAAUUGUGGUUUUAUAGUUUGAUAGACUUCAGGUUUUAAUUAUGCAGUAAAAUACUAAUUUUAAUUAUGCAGUUGUCCUUUAACUUCAUUAAGAGAGGGAGUAGUUGUAGGUCUACUGAAAAUUAUGCUACAAUCAUAAAACAGGCAAUCCUUCUUUCAAAGGUACUUCUCAUUAAAACCUUUAAUCACAACAACUAGAUAACUGAAGACGACUACCACUACACUUUCCUUCUCAAAAAUGUAAUAGCUUAACACAUACUGCAACAUAUAUGCAAUAUAAAAUAUUGCCACCUUUUAACAAACUUUCCUAGUUUCAUCAAAAGUUAUGCAUUUCUUUUUGGCAUUUAUGAUAUUUGUUAUCUUCACUUCAGUAAAAGCAAUAGCCAAGUAUGUUGAAAGAUUAUCAAAGGCUGUCAUGUCUUACCAAGACACAACACAUUUUUAAACCAAUUCAAAUAAUUUUUUUUUUGUUUAAUUUGAUUCACAAUUCUUUCUAAUUAAAAGCAAUUACCUAUACAUUAACAUUUAAAGUUUUCACUCAUUUUAUUUCAGGUUAAAAUCACAUGUUAUUAAUUUCAUUUUGAAAGUGUAUAUACCUGAAGAGACACACUAUUUGUAAGUUAAACUUUGAUUUCAGAGCACAAACAUUGAUUUGAGUGGCUAAAAUAUUCAUGCUACGCUUAGGAAAAAUCCCUGCAGUUGUGCCAUAUAAUUGCAACAUUGUUUUUUAAAACAGUAAUAACACAUGAAGACAUCAGUUCCUCAAGGCAGAUUAUUCAUCUGCUUUUUCUGGUUCCAGGGUUGGUGGUAGAUUUCAGUAUUGAUUUCUUUAGAUUCAACUCAAAUGGAAUAUACAUCAUCUGAAUGGGGCACUGCAUUUCUCUUAAAUGUACAAUGUGGUUUUAUGCGAGGAUACAAAUGUUCCUUUGCUAAAAGAUAGAAUGUUUUCUGUUGUCUCCUGUGCUCACAAAGGGAUACUAUUGUAUCUGAAGAUAUUAAUCAGAAUUUUGUGUCUGUCAUUUUAUCUGAAUUCUGCCUCAUUAGUGUAUUUUAUUGCUAUGAUCACCCAGAUCUUCAUGUUACAAAAUAAUUUAAAAUUGGCUAAUUGGCUAGUAAUAAAAAGAGAAGUUAUAGGCUAUUGGUAUGUUCAGAUUAAAUCAAGUUUUAUUCAAAUUUGGUUUAUUUUUAUUCCAGCAAGCAGUGCAAAUAUACACAGGACAAGGGGUACUUUGUAGACUAUACACUCUGUAAACACAUGUUUAAGUAAACACAGUAUGAAAUAGUUUGUCUAAAAGGAACAAAGACUCAUGCUAAUUAGCCUAAUGAUGCCAUUUUAUAGACUAAAACAAGGCAAAAUGGUUAAAUUUGACCACUACACCACAUAAAAUGUUUUUAUUUUUUUUAUUAUUAGCCCUGCUGUCACUUUGUAAGUCAUCCGGAAGGCUUAUUCACUGUGGGUUCCCGCAGGAAUAGGCCGCAACAGUCUAGAAGUAAAAAUCCCCCCAUAGAUAAAAUGAUUUUUAACAAUAACUUACAAUCCUUUAUAGACAGACCUAGUGAGAUUUGAGGUUGUUCACUGAUGGUAUAUGGUUCUGUUGAAGCCAGAAAUGCCCACCAAACAAGCACGGAUGUGAAUGCCAGCUAACAUGAUGCACAGUGAUUAACACAAAUGAAUCAGUCUCCCUUCACCCUCCAACGUAUAUGUUUGCAUAUAUUGGAAUUUUUCGCAACAAAUGUAAAAUAGCAUUUCUAUACUUAUAAUCAACAACAUAAAAUCAACAGUUUUAUAUAUAUUUCCUUCAUUUAAUAUUUGAAUACCUCAUUCGCAAUGCUUUAUGGGAUUGUAGUUCAAGCCCUCAUGAAAAACGGUAAGUACACAGUCUUGUACCUUUGUCUUUUUGUCCAAUUUUAAAAUAUGUUUUUGUUUCAAAAUAAAGUUUGUAAUGUUAAGAUACA